AUGACGAGCGACAUCACGAAAGAAGAGGCCACCAGCCCACCGGAAAAAGGAGGUUUCGACAAUUCAGCCUCGGUCGUAGGGAGCGACGAACAACAUGCCCAGGCCGGAGAACUGGGCUUCGAAGAGGCCACCCGGGGUGGGAUGGGCCGGCAUCUGGGCAUCACGUCCACUAUCUUCCUAAUCGUCGGUCGGAUUAUUGGGGUGGGUAUCUUUUCCACUCCCUCCUCCGUGACGGAGAGCGUGGGCAGCGUGGGGGCGGCAAUGCUCUUGUGGCUUCUGGGCUUCCUUCUCGCUGCAUCGGGUCUUGCCGUCUGGCUUGAGCUGGGGAGUAUGCUCCCUCGUAGCGGAGGAGAGAAGGUCUUCUUGGAGGCCGUCUACACCAAGCCCAAGUUAUUGGCCACGGUUGUCUUCGCGGUUCAGGCAGUGGCCUUGGGUUUCACUGCAUCUGGCUGCGUUGUGUUCGCGUCCUAUGUGGUCGUCGCCGCGGGUCAUAAGGCAACGGAAUGGGAGGAGCGAGGGAUCGCCAUCUCGGUCCUGGUAUUUAUCACCCUUCUCCAUACUUUCUUCCCCAAGUGGGGUGUUCGCGGGAUGGAUGUCCUCGGUGUUUACAAGAUUAUCCUUUUAUUGUUCAUCGUCGUCACCGGCUGGGUUGUCCUCAGCGGGCGGAUAUCGAGCAUUCCUGAUCCGGAGGCCAACUUUCGCAAUGCAUUUGCCGGGUCAGCGACAUCCAGUAACCUCUAUGCUAUUGGGCUAUUCAAAGUCUUGAAUUCGUUCAGCGGCUGGUCAAAUGCCGCCUAUGUUGCCAACGAGAUCCGCAACCCGAUACGAACCGUGAAGAUCGCCGCUCCGAUCGGUCUUGGGAUUUGCGGUGUCUUGUAUAUGCUCGCCAAUGUCGCGUACUAUUCGGCGGGCACGAAGGAGGAGAUUGCUCACAGUGGCACAACCGUGGCGUCCUUCUUCAUGGGCAAGGUGUUCGGUCCUGCAGCCGAGAAGGCAUUGAGUGCUCUAGUCGCGGUGUCCGCGUUCGGGAACGUGUUGACGAUCACCUUCGCACAGUCUCGAGUGAAUCAAGAACUUGCCAAAGAAGGCGUUAUUCCGUUCCCCAAGUUUUGGGCUUCAAGCUGGCCGUUUGGGUCUCCGUCUGCCGGACUCCUGCUGCAUUUCAUCCCGUCCUUUAUCGUGAUCAUCGCCAUUCCUUUUGGUGAUGCCUAUGACUUCAUCAUCGACCUGGAGGGUUAUCCCUCCAGUGUCAUCUAUUUCUUUGUCGUUGCGGGGCUAUUCUAUCUCCGGUGGUCUGCCCCAAACAUCCAUCGGCCAUUCAAGGUAUGGUGGCCUGUGGCAGCUUUCUUCAUGUUGGGCCAGGCUUUCCAGCUUGUAGCCCCGUUUAUUCGACCUCCAGGUGGAAAGGGCGAUACGUCCUUGCCGUACUGGCUCUCUUCCGUUGUCGGAAUUGUCAUUCUGGUUGCCGCUGUGGUGUACUGGGCUGUAUGGCAGUUGGUUCUGCCGGCCAUCGGGGGUUAUCGGCUGGUCCCAGAGCACGAAGUCCUCGCGGAUGGUACCACGGUCGUCACCUACAAAAAGACAAAAUAG